CGUUUCCACGGAGGAAGAGGAAUCGUAUCGUAUGUCCGCUAUCCAGAACCUCCACUCUUUCGACCCCUUUGCUGAUGCAAGUAAGGGUGAUGACCUGCUUCCUGCUGGCACUGAGGAUUAUAUCCAUAUAAGAAUUCAACAGAGAAAUGGCAGGAAGACCCUUACUACUGUCCAAGGGAUCGCUGAUGAUUACAAUAAAAAGAAACUAAUGAAGGCGUUUAAGAAGAAAUUUGCCUGCAAUGGUACUGUAAUUGAGCAUCCAGAAUACAGAGAAGUAAUUCAGCUACAGGGUGACCAGCGCAAGAACAUAUGCUGA